AUGUUGUCUGCGUGCGAAUUAUACGUAGACAGGCUGCUACGGUGCUCGCGCCGUUGCUUCUCCAGUGCGUCAGAUACCGUGGCGGUAACGUCGUCUCUGGGCCGUAAAACUGCGGCAAGUCGCCGCGCAAACGAAUCCAUUCAUGCAUCUGAUGGUGAUGAGCACGUAAACGCUCUGUCUGUAUCAGAGCAGAGCUGGCCCGGCCCACCUGCCUCCCCGGCGCAGUCGACUAGACCGCGGCUCGUACAUCACGUUUUCCGCUGGGGAGUUGGCAACGCCUUCCGCGCCCACUCCAAGAAUCGGUUCCAGCCGACGCACGCCGAGCGAAACACAGCAGUGUCGUUAUAUGAGGGGUACUUCGACUGCGACCGGAAGUUCCAGCACUGCAAAAUCGCCUACGACCGGCUGAAUGAGCAGUGGGAAGUGCUGUGGACGGAGUUCGGCAAGCUUAACGGUAAGCCGUUCCCUGUGAAGAAGUUUGGCGUGGAGGCGUCGAAGGCCGAGAGCAUCGCCUUCGCCGAGGAGCUGGACCGCCGACUGAUCGAAGAGCUCAAGGACAACCCGGAAUCUCCUAAGAGUAUGUUAUGUUGCUUUGUGGCCAUUAGUGCAGUUGCAGAGUCUGGAGUCACCUUCGACCACACACUCCACUGCUGGGUCGCCUUAGGCCGGGUGCGCGGGCGACCCGCGGCACGAGCCUUCUCCGCAGAUUACCACGGUUACGAGGGCGCACUUAAGCGUGCGUCUGACUUCAGAACCGGCUGA